UCUAGGAGGGUUGAGAAAGUCACUGUGGAUUGAGAGGUUUUGAUGAAGAGAGAUCCAGAAAAUGUAGAAUUGGGGAGUGGGAAGUGAUCGAGCUAGUAAGAGACAACAGAGAAAACAAUCAUAGAUAGAAAGAAAGAGACCGGCAGAGUGAGCGUGAAGAAGAAUGGGCUCUCCUGUGCUAUGGGUGACUCUGCUUUAUGGACUGUUGCAUCCCUUCAGCGUCCAGACUCAGGAAAUGAUCGAGGAUCAAGAUGCCUUGUGCAACGAGAACAGCUGUUUAGUUAUCUACAUGCAGCCUAAGACUUUUCUGGAUGCCUGGCGCAGCUGCAAGAACCAGGGUGGCAAUCUUGUCACCAUCAAGAGUCAAGAGGAGGCAGGCAUGGUGGAGACUCUCUUUUCUAAUAUGGAACUGACGGAAGGUAGCAGUGUUUUUGUAUGGAUUGGUUUGCAAAGGCAACCCCGCAAAUGCUCUGCUAGCCGCCCUAUGCGGGGCUUCUCCUGGGUUACGGGGGAACAAGAUACUCAAUACACUAACUGGCAGCAAGAGGACUCGCCAAACACGUGUCCUCUGUUACGCUGUGUUGGAAUAGGUUAUAGCAGGGUCGCUCAGAAAAGCCAAGACAAUUUCAAGUGGCAAGACGGACCCUGUUCAGUCCCUGUGGAUGGCUACGUGUGCAGGUACACUUUCCCUGGCAUGUGUCAAGAGGUUCCAAAUGAAGGAUUUGGAAAUGCACUAUACACGACUCCAUUUCACCUAGUCACUUCCUUUUUGAGCCACAUCCCAUUUGGAUCAGUAGCAACUGUACCCUGUCUUACCACUGUUGACCAGACUUUACUGUGUACCCAAAGGGAGGAUGGUACCGUGGGUUGGAAUGCAGAGCCUCCUUACUGCACUGACGCCUCCAAAACAAGCUGGUGCGAUAAAGAUAACGGCGGCUGUCAUCACUACUGCAUAGACGAUGAAGAGCAUUAUUCCUGUGACUGUAAUGAAGGCUUUCUCCUGGCUGAAGAUGGAUUAAGCUGCAUUCAAAUCGACCCUUGCCAGGGGUCGCCAUGUGAAUUUGAGUGUCUGACAGUAAUGGACAGCUACCGCUGUGCCUGCCCAGAGGGCUACAUGCUGGCACCAGAUGAAAAAGGCUGUCUGGAUGUUGACGAGUGCCUGCAGAGUCCAUGUGAACACAUUUGCGUGAAUGCACCAGGUACGUUUGAGUGUCGCUGUCGCGAUGGCUAUAGGCAAGAUGAAGAGGGAGCUUGUGAGGAUGUAGAUGAGUGUGCAGAGUCUCCUUGUGAACAUGCUUGUGAAAAUGUCAUGGGUUCACACGUUUGUCACUGCCACAUUGGCUUUGCUCCUCUGCCAGAGGAUCCGACACGCUGCCACGAUGUUGAUGAAUGUCAAAUCGAGGGAACCUGUGAGCAGAUGUGCAUUAAUUACAAUGGUGGAUUCGAGUGCUACUGUGAGGAAGGUUAUACACUCCAAACUGACAAUUAUUCUUGUAGACUGUCUAAUGAGGACCUGCAGUCUCCAACGGUUACUGACUCUAUUCCACUGACCACACAUUUUCCCUACCGCAUGACGGAACCUCAUGAUCUAGUGUACCUGCGUCCACAGGAGACGGAAUCUCUGGAUUGGCUUACCGAGCCUCCUAAUAUUCAAGUGAUUCCAACAGACCUGCUCUGGCUCACUAGUGCUACCCAGAGGGUCUCUGAGACCACUCCCCCAACAGAAAGCUCCACUGGCACUGUUAAAAUUGAAUUGGAUGACUUUGGAUCACAAACAUCUACUGUUGAAGAGUCUUUAUCUUUCACCACGUCAACACCACUGCCCGACUAUUAUGAGGAUGAAAGUACCACAGAGCUCACAGAGCUCACAGAGCCCCCAACCACUACUGUAGCAGAUGAGGCUGGAAAUGUAAUGGGGUUCAGCCCAACCACUAAAGACAUUUACGUUUAUGACAACGCACCAAGCUCUUUGACUUUCAGUGAAGAUUAUGUCCAUGAAUCAACCACCUUUUACACAGAUUUACAAACCAUCACACAGUUCCUUCUAUCAACUCAAGGAUCUGAGGAUUACAAAAGUGACGAGGCGAUGCAGGGUAACAGCUGGCUGCUGGUUGGAUUGUUGGUACCGCUCUGCAUAUUUAUUGCGAUAAUGGUAGCAUUAGGUAUCGUCUACUGUAUUCGGUGUACAUCUAAGCCACAAAACAAGAACACCACUGAGUGCUACCACUGGAUUGCUGGUGCUGGGGACAAAGCUGCUGCCGAUAUGCCAGGUGGUGGUGUAACCAAAGUUUAAUAAAAUUUUAAACAGCAUAGAUUCAGUAUGAACUGUUGGGCCAAAGGAAUUAGAUGAACUCAUUUAUUAUUUGUGGAUAUUUAUGUGGAAUAUCUAUCAGGGAUAAGAUGCACAUGAAAAGUGAAAAAUCCCUAACACUGUUUCUCUGCUGUACUUUGAGAAUCAAAAUUGCUUAUCCUGAUCACCCUGCCAGUAAACUUAUUGCCUAAUUAUUGCAAUGUGCAGCCACAAAGACUGUGAAAAGAGACUUUGACCCUUUUACUUAUUUAUUUUUUGGCUGAAGAAUUAUUGCAUUAGAAAUGGUUGCUUUUGAUAAACGACAGCAUUACAGAAUUGUUAUUUUUAUGUUUUUGCAUUGGCCUGAUGCCAUUGAGCUUGACUGUUUUAGCCUUCUGAACCAGAUCUCACAGAUAACAUAUUCAUUCCACACCCACAUUUUUUUUACUGUCAUUUAUAAUCAUCAGGUGUUAUUGUACAGAAAUGAGUUAAGUAGCAACAUUCAUGAAGAAAUACUGUUACUUUAAGAAGUUCUUACUUGUAUGUUCUUGCACUUAAGCAUCUAGUGCAAAAACUACUUAGUAGUGUUGAUUGUUUCACAGAAUUAAAAAAUAAAGAAAAAAAACAUUGUAAAUACAUGGUGAAAAUGAUUGAAUGUAGCACAAUAACAUUCUUCUUUGUAAAAGUCUCUUCUCAUUAGCUGGGCAAUAUCAACAAAUGUUAGGAGUAGUACUAGAAUUUGGGUAAAAUCAGCAUAUACAUGAAAUUACCAGAUUUCUUAAGCAAAGUAAAUAAAAAGUCCGUAUUGUUAAAGUUGUGAAAUCUCUGCUUUCCAACCAUCUGUUUAUUAAAAUUGUUUUUAUAUAAAAUAAGUCAGGCUACAUAAUGGAUAGAUUCAGUAUUGAAAAGAUAAACUAAUCAUUUAAGACACCUUCUGUUAUGUCAGUUGUAACUGUAAUUCACAAAUUUUGCAGAUUAAUUAUUUUUACAUGCUUAAUCCUAAAUGACCUACCCUGUUCUCUCGACAUUAAGAAUAAUAUAACUUUAUUCUAGACCCUUGACAGUGCACAACCUGCCUAUUAGAAUGACAUUUUACAUUCAUUCAGUCAUGUAUACAAUUUUGGUUGCACGUGGCUGAACGUAGUCAAGUAAAAAUAUAGUUUUGUAUUUCUAAAUUUAUGCAACAAAAUUAUUUACUACCUACUGUUAAUGUGUAGUAAUGGUUUGAAAAAAAAUUACAGACAGGUUAGGUUUUAAUAUUGUAGGGUUUAAAGUCACAUGCAGUUUUAAUUGUGGUCACACACACAUAUACACAGAUCUGUACAUACAGAUAACUGCAUUUCAUGAAUUAAUUCUACAGAUACUAACGAUAUGAAAGUGUUAUAAUUUGUAAAUAUUUUGGACCAAUUCAUUGCAUCUUGCAGUU